AUGUGUAACAGCAGCUUAACCCAGCAGAGCCCUUCCUCCAACGAGACGCUGCAGGACAGCUCUGAGGGGCUGCGCACCAUUCUCAUAGCCCUGUACGUCAUCGACCUGGCUGGCGGCACCCUCGGGGUGGUGCUGAUGUCCCAUCAGCUGUUCCACAGGAGAUCACAGUCUGUGAUGACCAUUAUCAUCAGCAGCCUCCUGGUGCUGCACAUCCUGCUGCUCCUCAGCAUCCCCUUCCGCCUGAGCUAUUACAUUCUAAGGGAAUGGAGGUUUGGCUGGCUGGCCUGCCAGCUGACAAGUGCCAUCAUCUACAUCCACAUGUACAUCACCUUCACCUUUUACGUGGCCAUCAUCAGCAUCCGCCUCCUGCGACUCGAGUUCAAGAAGUGCUGCAUCGCAGCCUGGGUGGCUGCCGUCUGGCUGCUGGGAGCACUGGUCAUCACUCCUGUUUUUCUCUCGUACUACGGUGCCUCCAACUCAUACCACUCCUGCCAGUGCUUUCAGUUCCACAAGGAGAUGGAAAAGGUGGCCAUGGUGACCAUAAACUACUGCUUGGUUGGGGUUUUGAUGUCAGUUUGUGCCGUGCUCACUGCAGUCCAGCUGUCUGUGAUCUGUAGGCUGGCUGUGAAAUACUGGCCGGACAUCAAUUCCCACGUGGAAUUCAGGGCUCAGGCAAAGAGUUUCUUCUUCAUCUUAGUAACACUGGUGUGCUUCGUUCCUCAUCAUGUGUUCAGAGUGUAUUACAUCCAAAACCUCCACCUUGACAAAGACCACAAACUCCUGCCAUACAAUGAGAUUUUUUUAGCUUUAACAACGAUGUGCUGCUUGGACAUGUUGUGCUUCACAGCAGGAAUAGCCCACUGA